CUAAGCGGCGGUCACACUAAUGUCCACGUGCGUUUUGUUUGGCCUCCGCCGGCGCUAAAUUCAAUAAAAAAUCUCCUGAAAUUGCAAGGAUUCGCCUGAACCCAGUAUACUAGCGACUUUAGAACCAUGGUCUUCUUCACGUGCAACAUCUGCGGCGAGUCGGUGAAGAAGCCGGCGGUGGAGAAGCACUACCAGACACGUUGUCGCGGCAAAGACAAGAACGUGUCCUGCAUGGACUGCCUGAAGGACUUCUACGGCGAGGAGUACGUGGCGCACAUCAAGUGCAUCUCGGAGGCACAGAAGUAUGCCAGCCAGAGCCAGGGAUUCGCCGCCAAGGAGCCGCGCAACAAGAACGCCCAGAAGCAGGAAAGCUGGAUGGACAUCAUCCGUGCGAUCCUCGAUAGCAGCGAAUACAAUCUAACGCCAGCCGUGCGAUCCGCCUUCCAGAAGCUCCAGAGCGUCGACAAUGUACCGCGCAAGAAGGCCAAGUUCGAGAACUACGUGGGCAACUGCAUGAGAAUUCCCCGCCAGCAGGCCACCCAGGUGUGGGACAUUCUCGAGAAGGAGCUCAACAAGAUGAAGGAGGCCAAGCAGGCGGAGCUGGCCAGGAUCAAGGCGGAAAAGGUGGCGGCAUUGCAGCAGCAGCAGAAGGAAGAGGAGGAGGAGGCGCCACCCAAAAAGAAAUCCAAGCCGGAGGCCGCCGAGGGAGCCGCACCGGAGGAAAUCUCCAAUGGCAUCUCCGCCGACUUUGAUUGGCUCGCCCAGCUAACCAAGAUCGUAGGGAAGCAGGCUGAUGGCAUUUUCCUGGAAAAACUUCGCAAGAAGCUAUUCAAGAAGUACGCCAAGCAUCUUUCGGUCGAGGAAUUGUCCGAAAAGCAGGCCAAGAAGUUCCAAAAACGCUUCGACAAGCAACUCAAGCUCGCCGACUCUCUUCAAGUAAAUGGCGAUCUGGUCAAGAUCGCUAGCUAGCCGAGCAUCCCACCUUUAGUCAUAGUUAAGUUAUAGCGAAGGACAAUAAACGU